CUGGAAUCACCUUUUUAAUAAUGAAGACGAAUCUUCAAGAUUAGUUAAAUGUAAAGGUUGCGAGAAAAAAUAUUAAGAGCAUUAAAAAGAAGGGUUCAAAUGAUGAAAUGUGUUUAAAAUAUUUUAAUAAUAGUGUCAGUAGAGUUAUUAAAAAACGAGCGGAAGGCCACGUGAUCAAACCUUUUGAAACGUUAAGAAAUAUUAGAGCUAAAAACGAUUUAGUAAUGAACAUGUCGUUAGAGGAGAAAGUAGACGAAGUGUAUAAUGCAAGAAUAGAGGCAAUAGAUAAUUUGGUAGUAGAAAGAGACGAUCUUGAUUGUUUGGAAAGAAAGAAAAAAUAUUUAAUCGUUGAACACAAACAAAUUAAAGAAAAAGUAGGAGGUAAAAGAGAAAAAAAUAAUACUAUUAAAACAUCCGAGAAAGUAGAAGCAUUGAUUUUUAAUUUUAUAAAUUUGGAAAUAAAAGUCGUAGAUUAG